AGACGAUGAUGUCAGAAGAUUCAACGACCAGUCUAUUUAGAAGGUUAAACUGGAAUAGUAGCGUUCCCUUACAAAUAAAGCUAUUGGACGACUCAAGCGAUGUUAUAGAUACCACUUUCAUUUCGCCUUCCCGGUUUAGCUACCCAAGUUUAAUUUAUCAACAGCUAAAAAUUGAUUUGAAGUUACGAGACGAUGAUAACUUCGCUUUCCAGGUUGAACUAGACGAUGGCAGUCUGCACUCACUCAAAUUGCAUUGGUCUAUCGGUCUCAGUUAUGAUUAUUUCACCUUUAACUUUAUAAGUAAUACAAACAUGCCGCCCCUGAGGUUGAUAUUACAGCAAAAUACACAAUCACCUAAUACCUACGCCGCAAACAUACUCGAUUCAACUAAAAUGAGCUUCAUGGCGAGCCUCAAGGAAUCUCAACUCGUCAGAUGGGGUACCGUUAAGCGUAUGACAUCCCUUAAACGUUCAGAAACAGAGCAGCUCUGGUCUUCGUUGGAGAAGAACCUGUUCGACGACUACUUCAAAGUCGCCAAUAAGCUCCUACCUAACAAUACAGAGGAAACCCCGCGGGCUGUUCCCAUAAAAUUGGUCCUACCCGACUCUAUCGUCAUACAGGACAUACUACCAUAUCAUUACAGUUUAUUAGAAUACCUACAGCACGCUUUGCCUUUAUUAUUCCCUAAAAAUCAAUCAAAAUACCAAAACCUCGGUUAUCCUGUCUUACACGGUACAAUAAUCCCCCUAGAGUCGAUAAUUGGCUGGCUAGACGGUACGCUCUCCUCAGCUGAUGGUUUCCUUAGAAUAUGUAUUAUCGCUUUUUAG